GCAGCAAGCGGCUGCGGCUGCGCAUGCGCCGAAGUCCUUCCGUUCCUGGUGAUGAAGCUGGCGGAGCAAAACCAGGCCGACUUUAAACUGCAGAUCAGAACGACAAAGAUAGAGAGAGAGACAGCAGAGGCGUAUCGCAGUCUACGGUUUUCUUACCCUUCACUUUGCUCCUGGUCGCCUAUGGAAUGAAUCACGUUUCGAGGCUUUAUCAACAGAUCUUCGUUGCGUUCUCUAGCCUACUCGAAUUUUCAAUAUUUCGUGCAAUUGUUUAAUUUGAGGGACGUUAUUACUCUUGGAUAGACAAAUAACACCUGCAAACUUUAGAAUGCCACGGUUAUAGAAGAAAACAGACAUCGGUGAAAUAGAGCAUAGUUGUAAAGAGAACAUUCGGAAGCAGGAGCACUGCCUCUUUCCUUGUCCUUUUCCAGUGACGGCUACUUCGUUGUGUCAUUAUCUGUAUGACUCUCUUGGAACUAACGAUGACCACGGCAAUGGACACGAACAACAAUACAGGGGGCGUCAUUUCAUACAUCGGUUCCUGCGGCGGCUCUCCGAACCGCACCAGCCCGGUGUCCAUGUACAGUGAGAACUCCAACAGCAGCCUGCAGUCGCUGUCCCAGCCCUGCUUUGGCUUCCCCCCUUCCCCCAACGGCUCCCACGACUCCUCCCGCAUGUACACCAGUAGCAGCAGCAGCAGCAGCUCCAGCUCAGGGUCAGGAGAGGAGGGGAGCUCUUCCAGCUCAGCAGGGUCCCCGAGGCGCCGCGAGGACCUCACCAGGGUCCGCUCCUCGCCCAGCAAGUCUGUGGCCAGCCUCACCAAGCUCAAUGGCAUGGUGCUCCUGUGUAAAGUGUGUGGGGAUGUUGCCUCAGGGUUCCACUAUGGUGUCCAUGCCUGCGAAGGCUGCAAGGGUUUCUUCAGACGCAGCAUCCAGCAGAACAUCCAGUACAAGAAGUGCCUUAAGAACGAGACCUGCACCAUCAUGCGUAUCAACCGCAACCGCUGCCAGCAGUGCCGCUUCAAGAAGUGUCUCUCUGUGGGGAUGUCUCGCGAUGCUGUCCGCUUUGGCCGCAUUCCCAAGCGCGAGAAGCAGCGCAUGCUUGCAGAGAUGCAAAGUGCCAUGAACAACAUGGUGAACAACCAGCUGCAGAGUGAGUUCCAGCUGGCCAGCAUUACCUCCACUACCUCCACCCCCUCCUCUUCGUCGUCAUCAUCGUCGUCCUCUUCCUGCUCUCCUUGCCCAGGCCUGACGGUGGCCGCCAAGCAGCAGCCCCCUGCCGCCACCCUUCCCUCCCCCUCAACUCAGAGCCCCCCUAUGACCCAUGACGCUCUCCCACCCAAGUGCCCCAGCCCGGGUGUGGACGGUACAAUCUCCGCCAUCGCGCGGGCACACCGGGAGACCUUCGUCUACGGCCACGACAAGCUUGGCCCUCAGAACGCCUCCGAGCUCGACAACUGGGGCGGCAAUCGCUGCAAGGCCAGCUACCACCUCAAUGGCCACAACACCAUCUACAACCAUGACAACAACACUGCCAGGCAGCAGAACGGCUACGAGGCACUGCCCGACAAUAGCUGUUACCUUCCGACCGCCUCCUCAGCCGCGGACCAGCAGCAACACUUGGCGCUUCCUCACCUGAACAACAGUCACCGGGUCCACAACAGCAACCUCAUGGGGUCGCAUCAGGGACCACAGCUCACCAGCGCCCCCCAGGGGCAAAACUGCCCAUGGAAGAACCGCAAGAGCAUCCUACUGGCUUGUCCAAUGAACAUGCACCCACAGACACAGGCCAACAAGUCCGCUCAGGAAAUCUGGGAAGACUUCUCCCUCAGCUUCACCCCUGCUGUGCGAGAGGUGGUGGAGUUUGCCAAACACAUCCCAGGGUUCAGCUCGCUAUCUCAGCACGACCAGGUCACCCUCCUCAAAGCAGGCACCUUUGAGGUGCUCAUGGUGCGAUUUGCUUCCUUGUUCAACUUCAAAGAGCAGACGGUCACCUUCAUCUCCGGCACCACAUACAGCCUGGAUGCCCUGCGCUCUAUGGGAAUGGGAGAUCUGCUGGGAGGCAUGUUCGACUUCAGUGAGAAGCUCAACGCCCUGGAGCUCUCCCCAGAGGAGCUCGGGCUCUUCACCGCCGUAGUGCUCGUCUCAGCUGAUCGCUCCGGCAUUGAGAAUGUGAACAGCGUGGAGAUGCUCCAGGAGAGCCUCAUCCGGGCUCUCCGCACCCUGGUCAGCGGCAGCGCUCCAGGGGACGCCUCUCGUUUCACCAAACUGCUGCUGAAGCUGCCCGACCUGCGCACACUCAAUAAUAUGCACUCCGAGAAGCUCCUGUCCUUCCGUGUGGAAGCAUAAGGCCUGCUGAGACAGGCGCCGAGAGCGCCCACCACCCCAGAGAUGGCCGCUGUCACCCAAGGACUCCUCAGCUGCAUAGGGGCUACACCACCACAGAUGGGAGGUUGAGUGUAGCUUUUGGUGGCAGAAGUGGGAUCAGUUUGGUGUGUGCAGGUGACAUCUCACUUCCAAGCUGUCUCCCAAUGAACACUGAACAAUGAACGACGCAGCUAAUCCCAUGUCAAAUGACUGGCCAGCCAUCCCUCAUGAAGUAUAGGAAGGGACAGUCAGUCGAGCACUAAGUGACUGCAGGUGACUUGGUUAUCCUCAAUGACAAAAGACUUAUGCAUCCUCACAUGAACUUCCAAAAUGACAGCCAAUUCCAAGGCAGCAAAGAUUUCAGCGGUCCAUUCCACAAUUGAUGUAUCUCUCCCAGUUUGUCCAAUAAUAGGGCAUUCUCCAUUCUCUCAUUCUCCAAGGCGAGUUGGAGGAAUGUACUUGUAUUGUAAGGGGACGAAUCUCCAAACCAGUGCAGGGUGCUGGAGUCUUUACACAAUCACACAAUCAGAUAUCUGAGGCCAGUGGGACCCCUGCCUAAAGGGGCUUAACACUAAAACCAGCUCUGAAAUCUAUGCUUUACCAGAAUGAUAUGUUAAUGAUCAUCACUUUAUUCCGUUUUAUCAAUGAAGUAUAUACACAUUCAGAUUGGUGAAUGUAUAUACACACACAUAGUACACUACAACUCUGUGACACUGUAAAAAUGUACAAAGUAAAAUAAGUAUAUAUAUAUAUAUAUAUAUAUAUCUGUUUGUGUGUAUAUAUGUGUACUUAUAUAUACGUAUAUGAAUUUAAAUGUAUACAAAUAAAUACUUGAAGAUACUUAAGAUCUGUAAUAUAUAUAUAUAUAUUUUUUUUGUUAAGAUGAACAGCUAAACGUGCAGAAUUUUUUUGUGUGGGCACAAAUGUAUACGGUUCAAAAUGGAGUGCUUAUUACUGAACAAUAUUCAGACAUGUAUUUCUAAGAUGUUGUAUGUCAUAAAGACAUUUAAAAGAAAUCAUA